GGGUGGAACACCGAGUACCUGGCUGGGGCCAUGUUGUCGUCUGAGCCUUGCGUUAGAAACCAACAUUUGAUGCAUAUGCGGCGCCGCAUUUAACAGCCCACGAAAUAUGUUGACGCGACCAGAUUGAGCGACUCGCAUAUUGCGAAGUCGAAUUUGACAGGAGCCUCGUCAGUAAACUUAGGCAACAGAGUUAGCUCUAGGUAGAUUGGCGGGGUAGAAGGUUGUAAUUGAAAGGUUUAAUGCCUAUAAAAUGAACAGCAUCCGCAAUCUGUUCGACCUGAUCCUCAAAACUGUGUAGUUUGUCAAUUCUCUUCCCGAAGAUGUCAUCAAGAGCAUUCUCGACAGCCCUUCACCGUGCGAAGGCGCUAAACUGGAAGCUGAACGGUACAACCCAAGAUAUAGAAUGGGCUAAGCAGUCAGUUGAGGCCUCCAUCGACCAAAUACCAGCACUCGCCGGCAAGGUAGAUAGUGCGGUCAUCAAUGGAGACCCACAUCCUACAGGCGACGAUCCGAUGCACGUGUCAGGCGUGAUCGGAAAGAGGAGUCUGAAGGGGAAGAAUCGAGUUACUUCGUUUCACGCGUAUCCAAAUGGAGUGGUGAAGUUUUCUAACAAAUCGCUGCCAACUGUCCAAGUUAAUAUAAGCGGGACCGCAGCAGCGGGUUCGGCAUUGGGUUCAGCAUCGGGUACAGCCUCAGGUACAGCAGCAGGAGCGGCAUCGGGAAGUGGUAAACCACAGGCAGAGUACUGGACUUGGAGUGCCGAGUACAAUGAUCAUUACCAUUGGAACGAGGAUGGAAGCUGUGUGUGGCAUAAGGCUAGUUCAAACGGGAGCGGCAAAGCGAAGUAGUUAGUGGGUGGGGCAUGGGCUGCGGGAUGUUAUAUGAAGCAAGCUGAACUGUUUCAAUAGCGACGUAGUAUCCAAGUGAGAGAGU